AUGGCGGAUUCCUUGCUGAGUUAUGGUCAAGGAAACUACUUUGAUUUGGAGGAAGAAGACGAAGGUGAUGAUUGGGGUGAAAUAUUCAAUGCUCCAGAAAACCAUUGGAGAAACUUCGGGGAUCGAGGAAAUAUUGGUAUCUCGGUGAGAGAUGAUGUCGACAGGGAGGACAUAUCAGUGACCGGAGAACAUGUCGAACAAGUUAAAAUGAUCGUGGAGAAUAAUGAGUGCAAACCAAUGGACAGUUCAAAAAGCUUGACCAGAAUGGAGCUUAAUGAUCACAAGGCAGGUAUGGUAGGUUUAGACAAAGAAAAAAUCAACCAAAUUAUACUUGAAGCAAGUAAAGGUUCCCGAUUCUACGAAAACGAAUUGAAGAAAGAAAAGCAAGUGUCUGAGAGAAUAACUAAGCAGACAGCUUGUCUAAAAAAGAUCACCGCGCAGCAGAGACAAGAAGCGUUGCAAACUGUAGACUUGAUCGUAAAAGAGCUCGAUGACACGCGUGAUCUAACCCGAACUUUCGUUCAUAUAGACAUGGACGCGUUUUACGCUGCGGUAGAAAUCUUGGACAAUCCUGAAUUGCGUGACAAACCAAUGGCGGUGGGAAGUAACGCAAUGCUGUCGACGUCAAACUACCCAGCAAGGCGUUAUGGCGUUAGAGCAGCCAUGCCAGGCUUUAUAGCCAAAAAAUUAUGUCCUGAGUUAGUUAUCGUGCCGCCGCACUUUGAGAAGUACAAAGAAUACAGCCAUCAAGUGCAGGAGGUCCUUGCUGAAUAUGAUCCUAACUUUGCAAUGGCUAGUCUAGAUGAAGCCUACUUAGAUCUUACUGAGUACCUCGAGAACAGGCAGAAAAACAAAGAAAAAACAACGUUCACCAAAACGAAAAGCGGGUUACACUCAAAGCUUAAAAGUGAGGAAGAUCUUGUAGAGGAAAAUGCGGCAGAUGAGAUUGUGGAGUUUGGAAGCAGUGCAGAAGAAAUAGUCAAGGAAUUACGUUUUAGAAUUGAACAAAAAACGCGGCUUACAGCUAGCGCUGGAAUAGCGCCUAAUGUAAUGCUUGCGAAAGUCUGCUCUGAUCGAAACAAGCCAAAUGGUCAGUUCUUCCUGAAGCCAGACCGAAACGUGAUCUUAGAUUUUGUACAUAAACUUCCAAUUAGAAAAAUAAGUGGAAUUGGUCGAGUAAGCGAACAGAUGCUCAAAGCCCUGCAGAUAGAGACAUGCAAGGAUUUGUACACAAGCAGAGAUUUGAUCUAUUUACUGCACUCUCCGAUCAGUUUUAGAUUCUUAAUUCAGGUCUCACUUGGUCUGGGAAGAAAUUUUAUUAUGACUGACUCGAAAAGGAAAAGCAUUGGAACGGAGACAACAUUUCCCGAAAUAAGCAAACCAGACGAGGUAUUAGAUAUGUGUGAUAAACUAUGUCAGUCGCUAGCUGAAGAUGUGAAAAAAGAAAAUCUCAAAGGAAAAACCGUCACAAUUAAACUGAAGACUGUGAACUUUGAGGUAAAAUCUCGAUCUCUGUCUCCAAUCAACCCUGUUUCAACUUACGAGGAAAUUUCCCGAGCAGCUAAAGAGCUUCUUAAAAACGAAAUGGCAGCAUGUUUUCCUGAUCCGCUAAGACUGCGGCUUAUGGGAGUACGUUUAUCGAAUUUUCAAAACGUGACUUCUGUUUCUUCAAGAGAAGGGAAACAGAACACUAUUACGGGUUUUUUGAAACCAAAGAAAACUAUGUCUUUCACGGACGCCCCAAGUUCGUACACGAUCAACCAAACGUUAAUAGAGGAAGAAGUUGCCAUUGAACAUGCAGGUCAGGACGUUCUUACAGAACACAAUAUGAUGACACAGUCAUUAGCCUCGCAGGCUACAUACCAGCUCGCCGAUUCAUCUGGAGACUAUUCUCAGCCUGGCAAAUCAAGUUCUGAUGGUUUGCUUUUUGAAGCUGCUUCUUCGCCAGUUUCCAGUUACGCAGAAGAUUGCAAGGGAAAUUCGAGUAAUGAUACUUGGCUACAUCCCUCACCUCUGUCGUGUCCAGUGUGCGGGCAGGAACAGGUGAUAAAGCUCGGUCAAAACGCUAUGACUGAGCUGAACAAGCAUAUUGACUUGUGUCUAAACAAGGCAGCCAUCAGGGAGAUUGUAUCGCAGAAUAAUUCAUCUUCCGCUACUGAGAGCGUUAUGCCAUCUGCUUAUAAAGGUAAAGGAGUUGAAACGGGAACUCAACGAGGAAAAAGGAAACGGAAACAUUCCGAUACAGCCUCAAAGAAAGCGACCCUUCAUUCGUUUUGGAAAAAGGACUGA